CUGAUGCUUUCGCUUAUGAGAUCAGACUAUGAAAGUCUUUGUAUUUCUGACCCAAGGCAUGAAGUAGGGAGCCAAAUACCAACACAACCUGUGAUGACUCAGCCUGGCUGGAGAGUCUAUGACAGGACCACCAUCACAACUAUGGCCCAGAUUCCAGGGGAAUGGAGCACUAGCCUCUUCAACAUUUGCAGUGACAAAAAAAUUUGUUUCUGUGGUCUCUUUUGUACCAUGUGUCUUGAGUGUAACAUCGCAAGGCAUUAUGGGGAAUGUUUAUGUUGGCCAUUACUACCCAACUCCACCCUUGCAUUAAGAGUAGGCACCAGAGAGAGACAUAAAAUACGGGGCACUCUAUGUGAAGACUGGUUGGUGGUACACUGCUGCUGGCCCUUUUCUGUCUGCCAGAUGGCUCGGGAACUUAAGAUGAAGACAACCCAAAUACAUGAUGUCUGUGCAGCUCCUUCAGCUCAAGUUUUUGGGGCUCCUGGAAGUAAAGAGUUAAUUGUUUGAAAGAAACAUGUGUCUUUCCUUCUCCCAAAAAGCAACAAACAACAACUUAGUGGUUAGAAACAAUUAUUCCCCUUUCUUUGUAAUUAUUCCACAAUGACAGUAUUAAAAAUAAAAUUGUUUUCACAUUGUUUCUAUAGUAUUCAGUCCUCUUUCACAGAAUUUGUCAGUGUAUGGGUAUAUAUUUUUAUAAAGAAGUGCUUCUCCAAAUCAGCAGCCUUAGAUCACAGUUCC